AUGGCUCCUACUCGGCCAAACACCGCAACGUCAGCGUUCUAUCGAGCAGAUUCGGACGCCACCUAUGAUCUUGACGACCACGCGCUCUUGUGGUGGCGGUCUUCUGGGCACGCGCUGGCCGUUCUACUUGACAAAGCCGGGUACUCAGACGAUGCACAAUUUCGACUGCUGAAGUUCAUACGAGCUGUCACUCCCAGCUUGGGCCGGUUUCCCCUGUCUGGGAAACCGAAAUGGAGGAGCUUCAUGACGGAUGACCAUACCCCGAUCGAGUUGAGCUGGGACUGGGGCACUGCUGGGAAACCACCCAAGAUACGCUUCUCCAUUGAACCUGUCGGACCGCACGCAGGCACGUCACUCGAUCCCGACAACAAGAGUGCUGCCUAUGGGUUCUUGGAGAUGAUGGUCCAGCUGCUACCCGCGACUCACAUGGAUUGGCUCAAUCAUUUUCGACAACGACUAUGCGGGGCAGACGUCCGAGGUUGCAUAGAAGGACACGCGACAAAGGAGUUCUAUGCCUUCGACCUUGGGGAGGCCGACAUAGUCAGCAAAGCAUACUUCUUCCCGGGAUACGAAGCGAAAAGAACCGGUCAGACAAACAUGGACGUUAUCCUACAGACGAUCAUGUCGGCACCGGGGAGCACGUCGGAGAUCGCUCAAGCCCUCAACGUCUUCCAGGAUUAUGUCCAAGAUUCCACCACCCCGCCCCUAGAAAUGGAUAUGCUAGCCACGGAUCUAGUGGAUGAAACUGCGUCUCGAUUCAAGAUCUACUUUCGCGUCCGAGCAAGCAGUUUUGCCUCAAUGCAAGAUACUAUGACAUUGGGUAACCGACUGAAUCAUCCUGGAAUGCAACCGGCACUGGAAGAUCUACGAGAAUUCUAUCAUGCUUCACGGAGCCAGGAUUGUUACAUCCCUUCAGAUGAUGUGAAUAUAAUAGCAAACGACCACCGAACAGGUGGUAUGCUCUACUAUGUCGAAUUUAGAUCCGGAAGCCCCAUGCCCAUGGUCAAGGUGUACAUACCAGUACGGCAUUAUGCCGAGAGCGAGGAAACCAUCAUCAAUGCUCUGGAUCGGCAUCUGUGCCGCAUUCAAUCUCCAAACUCAGAGAUGAUUGCUAAUUAUAAAGAUGCGAUGAAGGCAAUAUUGUAA